AUGGCCGAAGUAAAUUGCACAUUUUUGGUAGUAGGAGGCGGCAUAGCAGGUGUUUCCUGUGCCGAAACGUUAGUUUUUUUUGCGGAUCCAAAAGAUAGCAUCAUUCUAAUAACUGAAUCAUCUCUAGUCAAGGCGGCUACCAACAUAAUUUCGCUCGGCAAAGUACUCACGCGUUUCGAUAUCGAAGAAAAACAAGCGACUUCGUUAAACAAGAGUAUCCGUGUGCUGGAAGAUCAAUUACUGCGAGUUGAAAGCAAUGGUCAUUUUAUUCUGACCGUUAGUGGAAUGAAAAUAUUGUAUAAAUACCUGUGUCUUUGUGUGGGUGCUCGACCUAAACUGAUCAAACAAGCCGACGGUAAUCCGAACGUAAUUGGAAUCCGAGACACUGAGUCGGUUGUUCAAUUCAAAAAUCGUGUCCAAGAUGCUACUCGUCUUGCGGUAGUAGGCAACGGUGGGAUCGCAUCAGAAAUAGUAUACGAAAUAACGGACAUUGAGGUCCAUUGGAUAAUAAAAGAUGAAUACAUCAGUUCAACAUUCGUUGAUUCCGGAGCAGCAAAAUUUUUUCAAGAUCGUUUGAGUUGUAAAGGCAGUCAAAAAACUGUUGUUAAACGUAUGAGAUACAUGGAAGAGAGAGCGGAAUCCAGUAAAGUGAAACAAGGAGCUGCCUUAGGUCCUGACUGGCACAAAACGGUAGAUAUUUCUGGAAAAUUGCAAAAUGUACCGACUUCCGUUCAAAUUCAUUACAAAGCUGAGGUCGAGGAAAUUCAUGCACAGUCUGAAGGAUACCCUUUAAAACUUUGUCUUACUAAUGGAGACACAGUGGAGUGUGAUUUAAUCGUGUCUGCUACUGGAGUUACUCCUGCAAUCAAUUUUACUUCAGACCGAGACUUCCAGCUUGGGCCCGAUGGAGGAUUGUACGUGGAUUGGGCUAUGGCCACCUCGUUGGAUGACAUUUAUGCCGCUGGAGACGUGUGCUAUGCAGGCUGGGAACAUGCCCCGCACUGGUUUCAAAUGCGCUUGUGGACUCAAGCCCGCCAGAUGGGAUCGAUGGCUGCACGAGCAAUGGCAGCGAAGCGAACUGGAGAGACAAUUUAUCAGGACUUUUGUUUUGAAAUGUUUAACCACGUUACCGAGCUGUUUGGGUACCAAGUGGUGCUACUGGGACGUUAUAAUGGGCAAGGGCUGAACGAUAAGUACGAAGUUUUGCUUCGGAUGACACCCGGUUUGGAGUACAUAAAACUGGUGAUGGUGGAUGGACGACUUCAAGGAGCAAUGUUGAUUGGCGAAACGGGUCUGGAGGAAACGUGUGAAAACUUGAUUCUCAAUCAGCUGGACUUGACACCUUACGGGGAAGAUUUGUUGGAUCCGAACAUCGAUAUUGAAGAUUAUUUUGAUUAGUUGGAAUUUUGUUAUCUAUGGAAUAAAAGGCAGUAAUGUGUA